AUGUUGAACAGAAUGGAUUUUCAUUCUAAUAAUUUAUCAUACCGCGGAAGAAGGAUGGAAAUUCUUCUGGUGGUUUUAGCUGUCAUUAAACUACUAAAAGUGAUAUCUGUUUACGCUACAUAUGAACUGUUAAAGAUUUCUAAUCCUCUCACUAUAUUAAUUGCUUUAAAAUUUACUGCAUUACUUAUUAUGGUGCCACUACAGAAACCUUUUAGUGGACCUAAAUUGAAGAUUACUGAGUGGUUUCAUAUCCUAAAGUUCUCUUUUGUCCGGCUUCUUAUUGAUGCACUUUGGAUAGAGGGACUUAUUCUUUGUGGUCCCUUCAGGUUCAUUUUGUUGUUCGAGCACAGCGAACUUUUAAUUCUUGCUUCAGUUGGUACAUUUAUCUUCGGGUCCCACUGCACUAAAAAAACUCGAGGGUCAGUAUUCUUUGUGAUUGGUGUACUAUGUUUGGUAUUUUUCGACCAUGACUAUAGUCAUGGGGAGGCGGAGCAUCCUGAAGGAGUUCAUAAAAGUUUCUUAAUCCAUCAUUUAUAUGAAUUAUUUGUAAACUUCGGACUCUCAGAUCACAAGGUUGGUGUUGCUGUCCUAAUUAGUGCGGUUUGCUUGGACUCCGGGCUAGCUUCAAUUUCUAGGACGUUAGUAACAUCUAUUGGAGGUUCCAAACGUUUAUACGGCCUUUCUGCGUUAAUCAGCUUCGUCAUAUUGAUUCCAUUUUUUAUUCUUACUCACUUCUUCAAUGAAAACUCCCUUCACACCAAGGAACAAUUAAAUCUUUUGAAGAUGGUAGAAAAUGUUAACAACCAAAUGCCUUCUCUUGAAUCAUCCGGAAAUAUCCCACAAAGAGAUUGGCUAUUUUGGAUGGUUUAUAUAAGCAUCGUGCAUGUAAUCGAUUUCUAUAUGACCAGUCUGGUUAGCGGGCGACUUGGUUCUCAAUCAGUGACUCGUCUUGCUAAACUAACCGUCGUUAUAACUAGCCUAAUAUUCAGCCUUUUCUGGCCAUCUUCAGAUUCCGUAGAACAAUUUCUUUCAUCAGAUCGUAAUGAGGUUCUUGUAAACAGUUUCCUACUUAAACAUCAAAUGUCUGUUGGAGUAAUUGUUUCAGUCGUUUGUAUUUUAUAUGCUUCAGACCUUUUAACUGCAGAUAAAUCUGGUCAUGGUCCAGAAGGCAUUUCAAGUGGUCAUUUUAUUGGUUACUCAAUGGCUGGUUUACCUUUAUUUACUGCUGGACAAACACCUACACACGGUACUGCCUUAUUAGCGAAUUCAGAAGGAUUUGGUGUGUGGUAUCAUUUACGAGCUACUUUUCAUGGCAUUUUAACUGGAAAGGCUUCACGUCGUAUUUUCGCGUUCUUGUGUUUAAAUCUAGCUUUUACAUUUGUGGAACUUUUCUAUGGUGUAUGGACAAAUAGUUUAGGUUUAAUUUCUGAUGGUUUUCAUAUGUUAUUCGAUUCAGCAGCACUUGUAGUAGGAUUAUAUGCUGCUGUAGUUUCACACUGGAAACCGACACGUAUAUUCUCAUUUGGAUAUAAUAGUGCAGAGAUUCUAUCUGGACUUGUCAAUGCACUGUUCCUGUUGGUUAUAUCUGGAUCGGUGUUUGUUAAUUCAAUUGUACGUAUUCAUCAACCACCAGACAUUAAAACUGAUAAAUUAUUGGCUGUAUCUAUUUUAGGUUUAUUUGUAAAUAUUGUUGGUGUUGUCGCUCUUGGUCAUGCUCACAGUCAUGGAGGCCAUGGUCAUAGUCAUGGUGGGCAUGGUCACAGUCAUAGUGGUUCUCACGGUCAUAGUCAUGGAAACAGUUCUAGUGGACAUUGUCAUAAUCACGAGCAUGGUCACAGCCAUAGCCGGAAUCAUAGCCACAGUUCAAACAGAUCUCAUUCUCAUCACUGUGAUCACAAACAUGCUAUUGAAGCUCAUAAUGAAGAACUUCAUUAUGGUCAUACACACGGUCAUCAGCAGCUCUGUGGAUCGCACAAAUCACAGAAAGAUGAAGCAGAAGAUGCUAACUUACGAGGUGUUUAUUUACAUGUGCUAGCUGAUACUUUGGGUAGUGUAAGUGUAAUAUUCAGUUCAUUUCUGGUGACCAAUUAUGGUUGGAAUGUAGCUGACCCCAUAUGUUCAAUGUUUAUUGCUUGUGUAAUUGGCUAUUCAGCUAUGCCUUUGCUCAAUGAUACCCUUUGUUUGCUUACUUUAAAAGUACCUGAUGAAUUUCAUUCUCAAUUAAUGGUUAAGAAAAUAUUACAAGUGGAUGAAGUUGUUUCUGUUUCAAAUCCAUUUAUUUGGACCCAUACGCAUAAAUCCGUAUGUGUUUGUGUAACAGUUCGAAUUCAGUCUAGUGCCUCAGAACAAGUAUUAUUACGAAAGAUUAAAGAAUUAAUUCAAAAUCAUUUCACAUCUGUAUCUCAUUUAACUAUACAAAUUGAAAAAGAAGAAUAUGAAUAUCAUACUCAAGCUAUGGGUUUACAUUUAUCUGUUAUUGGACAUUAUCCUAAAUCAUUUAUCAACUCGAGUGUUUUAAUGAAUGGAUUAACACAUCAUCAUCAUGAUAAUACCAAUCAUUGUGGUAAAUAUAACUGUUCAUCUGAACGCAUGAAUUUAUUAUCUGUUAAAGAUAUUUAA